AACUAUUUCGAUAAGCAAUAAAUCAUAAAACACUUUGAUUUUGAUAUCACCACGCUAUAUAAGUUGAUUGAUAUGAUAUUUUAAAUGUGGGUUUACGCUUUUUACGCCACUACGUUUUUAUAUGUCACAAACGCGGUUUUGGAAAGACAUUACAAUGAGGAAGCCAUCUUUGCUGACGUCAUCAGAAACAUAUCACGAGUCAACAACGUACUACAAGAAUUAAUAAGCAAUUAUGAACAACUACAGAAAAUAUACAAAUCGCAGGAAAGCACAGAUUAUUCAUCCGAUGCGGAAAUCGAUGAAGUGUUCAAAAGUAUCAAGAAAGCUAAAUACGAUCAUAAAAUGAAUGCUAAGGUCAAUCCAACUGAGAGACCGAAUUCUGAAUCAUUUCCUGCAACGCAAAUGAUUUGGUCUGAGGAUGACGAUGAUGAUAAUGACGCAGAUACUGAUGAUGAAUCUGAAGAAAGAGCCAAAGGUAAUGUAGUAGGAAAAUUUCCGAAGCCUGAAGCUCAAAAGGCCAAAAAUACACCAAUAGAUACUUUUGAAAAUACAUCAAGUGAAUCAAUGGAAGUUAUUAAAAAUACUUCUAUUUUAAAACCUAAUGAAGCUAAAAUAAUUUUCAUUGAUACACAUAAGAAAAUAAAAGAAAUCACUGAAAACAAAGAGGCAUCAACUAAGAAAAAAGUCGAACCAACAAAGACACCUAAAACACGAUACAAAAAAGUCUUGAAAAAUGACAAGGUCAAUAUGAAAGCCCGAAAGGAUAAACUUGCAGCAAAGACUAGCAAUACAAUAAAACAAAAUAACGGCACUAAAAGUAUCAAGAAGAUUAUUUAUGCUGAAAAGUUUUCUCCUAAGAGUAUUUGGAAGGAAAUAAUUAAGAAUAAACCUAUACAACUAGAACCGCAAGAGGAGGUUAUUUAUAAUGCACCUAAAAAAAGGGCUGAUAAUUAUAAACCUAUGGGAAGUUUGCAAAGCGAAGCAGCUAAGACUGCUCUGGUUAUUGUUUCUAAGAGCAACACCAAAGACCUAAAACUCAAAGAGAAGGAUACGUUCGAGUCACCUGAAGACCAAACAUUAGCUAAAGAAGUAUUUAAGACCAACGUGUUGAGACAGGCAUACGGCGAUGCAUGCACGAAGGUUGUCAUUAAGAAAUGUUAUAAGGCAUGUAAAUACGCGGGUAAGGCGUACUGCACACUAUACAAAUGUAAAGGUGCGUUCAAAUCCAAGUUCAAAGAGCUAUCGAAGACUGGCUGUGUACGAGAGUUCGUAGGACCGAAGAGUAAUAAGAGUGACGUAAAAUAUAGAGGACAGGAUGAUGUAUUCGUUGAUGCGACGAGGGUUAGAUAUUUAGACGCUGCCUGCCUUCCAUAUAUGGAAUUAAAUCACAAGCCAAAUAUCAUUCGUAACAACACAAGCAAAACGACACUAAACGACUACGUCAAAACAAACAUUCUCAGAGACAAAUACGAACGUGCUUGCAAAAAGGUAUCCGCUGGAAAAUGCACCUCGGCGUGCAACUUCGCGUAUUCUAACACUUGCAACAGUUUUAACUGCGAUCAUAAUAAGCGUGUUAAGUUCAAAAAGUAUUGUAAGGAACAAUGCAACAUCGCUUAUAAGUUGUUCAGUGAAUCAGAGAGUACCGACACUUCCAGUGUCAGUAGUGACACUGAUACUUCUUGAAAUCUUAGAUAAUAAUUUAAUAAAAGCGAUGUGUUUA